AUACUAGAUAGUAGGGGCCAACAAAAAUUACUGCAGCUUUUGGUGUAAAGAUAGUUUUAGUUUUUAAUAAGCUAUUUCUUAACACAUUUGUUAUAAUGGCUCUUUCAGGUGAGGAUGUUCAGACUGCUAGUGCUGUUUGGGAAAAAAUCUAUGCAGAUGUUGAGGAUAAUGGUGCUGUUGUAUUAAGCAGAAUGUUUAAAGAACACCAUCAUACUGUGAGCUACUUUAAAAACUUCACACAGCUGCAGUCUGUUGCUGAGACUGCUUCUGCUGAGGAGAUUGCAGCCCUGGCUGAAGUUCGAACCCAUGGGAAGAAAGUUUUCUCCACCUUGAAUGAUAUGGUAUCACACUUGACCAAUGUGGAUACUUUAAAAGGGACCAUUGCUCCAUUAGCCAAGAAGCAUGCUACAGAGCUUAAAGUAGAUGUGAAGGACUUUUUGGUAAUCUUUGAAAAUCUGCUGGAUCUCAAUGCAGAGAAGCAAGGUAGAGAUGCCAAAGAAGCCUUUAAGAAUGGGACAGAUCUAAUGUAUAAAGAAAUAAAAGCUGCAUAUUGA